GACAGUCGGGCGGCGGGGCUCAGUGGGGACAGCAUCAGCUGCGGGGUCGGGUGGCGCGAGGGGCAGGUGGGCAGAGGGGACGGCAGGGGGUGCAGACCAGCCAGGGCGGAGAGGGCGGACAGCAGAGGCAGCAGCAGGAGAGCCCGCACAGGUCGCAGGCUCAGGGCGCCGCGCCUCAGGGUGUGGGCUCGGGGGUGGGGCAGGGGCGAGAGCAGCAGAGAGCGGACGGGGUUAUAGGGGGGGCAGCGAGAUUGGGAGGUGAGGUUCAAGGAGUGAGAGAGGCAGCAGGGGAUCGAGCAGGGGGGUUGGGAGGGUUGGGGGAGGGUAGAGAGGGGGAGGGGAGAGGACAGGUGGGUGGAGUAGAGGAUAGGGGGAGAGAGACGACUGGAGAGGAGGUACCGAGGGACCAGACAGGGCAGCAGCCAGCGCAGCAGCAGGGACCAGCCGGACGCACAGGCCGUGCAGGCACCUCCUCCCGCAUCCCAGACCUCACCUGCCGUGACGUUGGGCAGACUAUGAUGAUGGUUCUUGUGGAUGUCUCCAAAGCGGAUCCACAGCGGGAGGGGAACGUGCAGCUGGGACGGGCGACCCCCACACAGAUUGGAGUGGCAGCAGCUAGGCGGGUGCAGGAGAAGUUGCGUCACUGGGGGCCGCACCUAGAGGGGUUGCAGCCGGCACCACACUUUUACGCGUGCGUGGCUGAGACCUUUGGCCUACUGAGCGAGCCGUUGCGUCAUCACACCCCCUGCCCCCUCAUGCCAUCCGCUCCCCCCGCCCGUACCCUCCGCGUGCCCGCUCCUUUGCCGCCUCUUUUGACCCUCCCUGCCCCCCUCGCCGUUUCCCACCGCCCGCCAUUCGCUCCUCCCCGCCCGUGCCCUCCCCUCGUUUACCUUCGCCUCCCCCCUCCCCUCCUCUGCUGCACGCCUCUUCCUUCCCCUCGCCGACCCACUCCACUCCCUGCCCCUCCUCAAUCCGCACCCUGCCCCUCGUUUCUCGCCCCCCUAUGCUUGGUUUCUCCCCUCCCUGCCCCUCGCCGCCUUUCUCCGCUCCCCACCUCCCCCCUCUCCCUGCCCCCCCACUCUCCCCCCCUUGCCCUUGGCUUCCCACCUCCCUGCCCCACCUUUCCCCCCUCUGUGUGCUCAGCUUCUCCCCUCCCUGCCUCUCCCUCCUCCCCGCCCUGCCCCUCAUUUUCCGCCCCCCCACGCCCGGUUUCUCCCCUCCCUGCACCUCCCUUUCUUUCUCCGUGCCUCUCCUUUGCUCCCUCCCUGCUCCCGCCUGCCCAUGCCCCUGUCUUUGGCUUCUCCCCUCCCUGCCCCAUGUUUCUUCCCUCCCUGCCCCCCCUCUGCCCCUCCCUUGUCUUCCCCUCACCCAUUGCUUCUCCCCUCCCUGCCCUUGAUUUCCCGCACCCCUGCCCUUGUUUCCUACCAUCCAUGCCCCUCGUUUCCCCCCUUUGUACGUUCAGCCUCUUCCCUCCCUGCCCCUCCCUUCCUCCCCCCCUGCCCUUUGCUUUCCCCUCGUUACGCUCCCUUCUCCCCAUCCCUGCUGCCCUCUUACCACCAUCAGCCCCCCUCCCAUCCUUCUCUCCCCCCCUCCCUCUCCCUCUCUCUCUCUCUCUCUCUCUCUCUCUCUCUCUCUCUCUCUCUCUCUCUCACACACACACACACACUCCCCUCCCCCACCCCCCACCCACAUCCUCCCAUUCUGCCCCUCCCUGCCCCUUUCCCACCCCCUCGCACGCCCCUCACCUCCCACCUCCGUGCAACUGUUUUCCCCCCUAUGGUGCCUCCCUUGCAUCGCUCGCCCCUCUGCUCACCCUCUGCCCGCCCCUUUUCCUUGCCCUCAGCUGGCCCAGCCCCUGCCCGUUGCUGCCCCUCCCCUUGCCCCCUCAACUCCCCUGCCCCCCGUACACCCCAGUCCCAUCCAACCGCCCCCACCCUCCCCCGGCUGCCCGUUUCCGCUCUCCACCCCCGCGACCGUGUGCGGCUUCCAACCACCCAACGGUGGUGCGCACGGGGCGUUUCUUUGUACGGGCAAGCCUCCCUGGGGACCCCCCACCCCGCUGA